CCAUUAACGCGCUGCACUUCCUGCUUCUCUCCGAACCAGGAAAUAAACAAGUCGGUGGUCUGGUUUAAUUAACGGGCGGUGUCCUUUUAAAAUAGCAUUGGAUUAUAGCUAUUUGGCCAAGUUCUCGCCUGUCACCAUGGCCGGCUUCUUCAAGAAAAAGACAGUAGAUGAUGUGAUAAAGGAGCAGACCAAAGAGCUGAGAGGAACCCAGAGACAGAUCACCAGAGACAGAUCUUCCCUGGAGAAACAGGAAAAACAACUGGAGAUGGAGAUUAAGAAGAUGGCGAAGAUGGGGAACAAGGAGGCGUGUACCAUCCUGGCCAAACAGCUGGUUCAGCUGAGGAGACAGAAGAACAGAAGCUACGCCGUCGGUUCAAAGGUCACCUCCAUGUCCUCUCAGACCAAACUCAUGAACUCCCAGAUGAAGAUGGCAGGGGCCAUGGCUACCACGACCAAAACUAUGCAGGCUGUCAAUAAGAAGAUGGACCCUCAGAAGAUGCAACAGACCAUGCAGAACUUCCAGAAGGAGAACAUGAAGAUGGAGAUGUCAGAGGAGCUGAUUAACGACACGCUGGAUGAGAUCUUUGACGAGUCUGGAGACGAGGAGGAGUCUGAUAGCAUUGUUAACCAGGUUCUGGACGAGAUCGGCAUCGAGAUAUCAGGAAAGAUGGUGAGCGCUCCUUCAACCAGCAGAAACAACCCCACCUCUUCUGCCACCAAAUCAGACGGCAUCUCAGACGAAGACAUCGAAAGACAGCUCAAAGCCUUGGGAGUGGACUAACACACACACACACACACACACACACACACACCCUGUGCCUGGACACACACACACACACACGACUCCCCCUGUUCAGUUUCUGACAUGCCUUUUCUGGGAUAUAGUGACACUAUUAUAUUUAUAUAUAUAUAGUCUAUAUGACUAUAGAUGGUAGUUGUAGUUGUAGAUGUGUCCUGCUGUGUAUUGGGUCUACGCAGUGUAGAUGUCCUGCUGUGUAUUGGGUCUACGCAGUGUAGAUGUCCUGCUGUGUAUUGGGUCUACGCAGUGGGCCACACAAGGAGAGUGAGUUUUGAAUAACAUGGCCACCACGUUCAGUGGCCUAACGUUGCAGAACGUCGCAGGUACAAUAAAAUGUAACGAAUAAGAGUCUCAUUCUACACGUCAGAGAGGCGUGUUUUUGUUCUGUAUAGCACAUUCCUAUCUGAACGUUGCAAAACGUUUUCGUCCUACUACGCCCCCCCCCCAGGUUUUCCACCUGUGUGGAGUUUCAGAACAGGAAGUAAAGGAGAGAAUGCUGCUUUAGUUCCAGGUCAGUGCUCCAAAAGGUCACGGGAUUUAUCAAGAUUUAAAGUUUAAUAACAGCCUAUCAAUUAAAAAAUA